CAUUUCGCGGCCGGCUUUUCUUUUUGCAUAUAUUUACCCAAUUUACUUGGCUAAACACCUCUAUGAACAAAAGGGAACCAACCAACUGACCUGCCACAUCCUUCGGCUUUUGCAUGAAAUGAGCCAACACGCAGCGGUCGACAGAAAGCGGUAAACAAGGAAAAUCACCAGCACCAUGGAUGAUUUUGCCAGCAUAAAGCCGCACAGCUCGGUGGUCAAGUUGGCCUCCUGCCUGGAGAAGAUCUACGCAAAGGUAGUGGAGAGCCGGGAGAAGCAGGUGCCCGAGCACCAGAUCAAGGAAAUCGAGUUCCUCAAGUCGCAGUGCAAGCACGACCACAUGCAACUCAGCUUGAUGAGCUGUCAAACACUGGUGCGCCUGGUGGACGAGGGCGUCUUGGAGGCCAACGGAGUGCAGAACAGCUUACUUUCCAUGCUGGCUAAUGCGGGACCAAUGCAUUUUGCCAUAAUCACGGAGAGCAUUUUGGGCUUGCAGCUUCUAAGCUUGAAGCGCAAAACUUCUUUACUCAAGGACCAGGAGACCUACCAGUGCUCUUAUGGCCUGAAAACGCAACAGCAUCCGCUUAUCUCGCUGCUUCAGCACUCGAGUGCCAAUAUGCAUGAUGUGAGCAACAAGAUCAUUGGCAUUUGCCAGCACCACGAUAAAGGCAUUCGAGACUAUAGCAUAGAGUACCUAAGACCGGUUUUUCUGUACGUGCUCUGCAAUCCCCAAACUCUGCACGAUGUAAAACCCAUUUGGACUUGCCUGCUGAAUUUGAGUGGCAAACAACCGGAGGCACGUGCUCUGAUGCAGGAACUGCUGGCAUGGAGCAAGUUCAACAACGCUAGCACCUGCUUGUGCACCAGCAUCCUGGUCAUUGAGGCCAUCGAUCACUUUCUGCAGCGAGAGGAUUACGCCCAGUCCAUCGACUUGGGAAUUUAUCAAGCCUGUCUUAUCAAACAGCUGGCCAAUUAUGGCAUCGAUCCGCGUCCUAGCUUGCAAUGCCUUCUUCGAGUGCUCCAUGCCACGAGGGAACACACAAAGGAUCAUUACCAUGUGCUCUUGGUGCUUCUUUCGGAGGUUUUGCACGUUCUGUCGCCCUUCUACCUGGCAGAUCUGCUGCGCAUCAUCGUUUUUGUGGUGGUGCAGGAGCGCUGUGGCCAUGAAUACAUUCUGAACAUGUGUCUGGACGGUAUUAUUCAGUGGAUGUCUCAGACUGCAUUCAUACCCGCAGAAGGCUUGGCUUUGGCCCACCAAAUAGUCCAAAGGGUGCUCGAUACCGAAAGGUCAGAACAGGAAGGGGAAAUAAUCACCACCAGUCAGUUGAAGCCCGCUCAUAUGCGGAAUUAUCACCCGGACAUAGCAAUUGCCUUUGACUUGGCCACGUUGGUGGAAUCCUUUGACGCCUCCGACAACCAGGAUGUAUUCGCUUUUGUCGACGCCCUGAAUGUCAAGGCGAACACGGCCUUCUGCCAGCGCCUGCAUCUCUUUCUGCGUGCGCUAUUUUUAUCUAAGAAGCCACCAGUAGAUUGUUGGUUUAAGAUCUACGAGGUCAUCUUGCAGAUCGUCAAGGUUAACGAGGGCAUAGCCUAUGAUUUUCUCAUGACAUACAUCUUUAAGCUGGCCCACGAAAGUAAUCCGGAGUUGCAGCUGGAACUGCUCAGAGGAUUGGCCAGCUUUGCUGUGUCCAAGGACAAUGUACCCAUGAUACUCAACACCAUAAGGAAUCUUUCCACCGAAAAUGGCACAUUUUGCGUGGACUUAUAUCUCCGACUUUGGCGAGUGGAGACGCGUACUUAUCCUUUUCUGAUGAAGCAGAUUGCCCAACCUCUUCCGGACAACGACAAGCGCUGGGAGCUGCAGAUCGCCCGCACUCAUGCCAUGCGGGAAAUUUGCCAGGAAAAACCGACUUUACAUGGUUCGGAGCUUUUGCCGCAUCUUAGCAACACCCUCAACAAUUCCUUUGAUGAGGCGGGUGACCUGGCUACUUCCUUGGCCUUGGAUGCCAUAUACGCUUUGUGUGAUAGUCACACCGUCAACAUAGCUUCCACUUGGCAGGCAUUGGGAAGCAAAUUCCGGAACGAGCAGCGGCCGCAGACGCUUAAGUCGCUUUAUAAGCUCUUUGGAUUGGUGCCACUGCUGCAGACACCAACAUUGGAGUACGAAAAGCUGGCGGAUGAUGCUCUGGAGCAGCUGUGGCAGGCUAUAAGCAGACCCGGCACAGAUGCCGCUCAGGUGCGGAAUGCCCUGGCUGCCCUUAAAAACUACGAACCGGGGAUCACUUUGAACCUACGACACAUUCCAGCCCAAUUUCGCUUCGAAAUCGUUGGAGGAGGAGUGGGAGUCGGUGUUCCCGGUGGUCGGGAAGUAAUGGAUCUGCAACAGGAGGCGGUGCCCGGUGAAGUAUGGGUGCAGCUGCUGCAGAAGAUUCGUCCGGAGUGUGGAGAUGCUGCAGCUGAUUUGAUUUCACACCAUAUAAGCAGUGAGAUUGGAGGCUUCCGGAGCGGAGUCUACCGACUACCAGAAGGCAAGCCUGAGCCUCGAAAGCUGGUCGGUUUGUUUGCCUCAAGCCCACUGCGAGCAGUCACCAAUUAUCUCGUAAGCCAAGCGCGCUUUGGAGACUACGUUCCAGAACCGUACGCUGUAACAUUCGCCCUGCGGUCGUUGUCCAAAAAAUUCCCCAAACCCAUUCCGCCACUGGACUGGAGCUGCCUCACGAGCUUCUUCCACCUGUCAUUCGAUGCGCGGAAAUAUUGUAUCAUGAUAGCCAAGAACCAGGCCGUAAAUUCCGGUACCGCCAAACGUCUUCUAGAGAACUUCCUCGUAGACUUUGAGCCCAACUGCUUCGAGGAGGAUCUUUUGUUGCUGUUCUCAUUGCUGCCAGAGAUUGCCAACAGUGUGAGCCUGCAGAUCCUGAAAAACUUUGCCGAGAAGGUGGCCGUUUACUGCUUCAAGGAGUCGCAAUUGAAUGACUUUGCUGAAGGAUGUUUGUUUGAGAAAUUUCUGGAAAGCGUAAAGUAUAUCUUCACUGGCAAAUGCGAUAUACCAGAAGUACUUGAUGUUUUUACGCUGAUUGUGGAGCGCUACAUGGACUCGAUGAAUUUGGAUUCAAGGCUUUUCGAGCGCUACACCGAAGUGGUUGCUACAUUGCAUCCGAAUGCCAUUGAUGGCCUCACGACGCCAGCAAACUGGUGGGAGACGCCGGUGGGCAAGCUGAAAAAGGCCACGAUUAUCCGGUGCUAUUUGGUACUGUACAACGAGAAACUACCAAAUCCUUUGAAGUGGCUUACUCCCAUUGUUGAUGCCUAUGAGAAACGCGAGGAGGAAAGGUCUUUCUUCUAUCGCCAUUUGUCAGCCACUCUUUAUGCCUUUGGCAGCGAUGAGCAUUCCAGCAAUUGGAUAGGUGAGAUGUUCCUGGAGAUCCAGAUGCUGCUGGCCGAGGUCUCCAACAAGGAGAAGGUAAAUAGGGCCUUGUACCUGCUGGACACCUUCAUUCUGGCCGUUGAUGUGCUCUCUGGUUGUGCGGUACUGCUGGGCAGCGUGGAUGUGGUGGCCACUAAUGACAAGCAGCGACUGUCGCUUUUUCCCGAAAGCUUGCAGUACUUAUGCGAUCAUAUUUUCUGGAAGGAUCAGGAGGCAAAGAUCUAUGAAUUCUUAUUCAAUCUGUACAAGCACAUAGCCUUGCCGUCUUCCUAUGCCGAUGUCUUCAGGGAGGCCAUUAUUUGCUCCCGAAACAAGCCAUAUUUUGAUAACAAGGGAGUCUGGACCAAAUACGUAGGAAUGCGUAAAUGAACACGACGACGAACACUCACCGCAUUUAAACUCUCUGCCCACGCCUAAAGUGCACUUCAAUGGUUAAAUUCAACCGCCUACCGUCAAUGUUAGUCAAUUUUUGAUAGCAAGCGCGUUCUUUGUUAUUUGUACGAGUUUAAACUUUAACGUACAUUAAAUGUAUUUUUGCGCACAA